CUUACAGCGCGGCCUUGCCGCCAGUCACCAAUGAGGUGAGGGCUUUCUGGGGAGGCCCUGCCGGUAGUGAACAUGGCGCCCCCCUCGCGGUACUGCGUCCCUGGUGAGCGGCUGUGCAGCACGGAGGAGGCCACGGCUGGCAGCGGCACCUACACCCGGCACGGCUUCAUCUUCUCCUCGCUGGCCGGCUGCCUGGAGCGGAGGAGCGAGGACAGCGGGCUGCCCGUGGUGUCAGUGGUCAGAGACAGUGAGUCCCAGCUCCUGCCCAACGUGGGGGCUGUGGUGACAUGCAAGGUCUGCAGCAUUAACUCUCGCUUUGCCAAGGUGCACAUCCUGUACGUUGGCUCCACGCCACUGAAAUCCACCUUCCGAGGGACCAUACGGAGAGAAGAUAUCCGAGCCACGGAGAAGGAUAAGGUAGAAGUGUACAAGAGCUUCCGCCCCAGUGACAUCGUCCUGGCCAAAGUUAUCUCCCUGGGGGACGCGCAGUCCAACUACCUGCUUAGCACGGCCGAGAACGAGCUGGGCGUGGUGGUGGCACGCAGUGAAGCAGGGGUGCAGAUGGUGCCCAUCAGCUGGUGUGAAAUGCAGUGCCCACGGACACACACCAAGGAGUUCCGUAAGGUGGCCCGGGUGCAGCCCCAGUUCCUGCAGACGUAGCACCACUGGGACUGGUGCCUGUGGGGCCAGAGCAGCCCCUGGGCUCCCACCUCCUCCACACAUCCAGCCAGGCCCUCACUGGCAGGAUGGGUUUUCUACUUCUGGAUAAUAAAUAUUUUUUGAGAGCUCC